AUGGCAAUACCACAAGAUCCAAUAAUCGCAACAGAUCCAGUCCUGGUACAAAGCAUAGUCCCAGAAACCAUGCACUUUGUCAACUCAGCCAAUACUGCUGAUUUGCAUGCCGAAAUGUGUAAUUUGGAUAUUGAUGCUGCGUUUGGAAACGGUUUGGAUAAACUGACAGUAUUGUUUCGUCAGGCUAUAUUGGCCGAUUAUACCAUUUCAAGAAACAGGAUAAACGAGCAUCACAAAGCAGAACUCGAUAGUAUACGACAAGCACAUGAGUUGGAACUAGAUGGCUUGAAUGGCAAGAUGGAUUCUGUGAUCAAAUCUCGAAAUCAUAGCGACAAAAAACUGGUGGAUUAUGUCCAAGUAGUCAAUGCAGCAACAGCUUUCCUAACCCGCAAGCGCAAUCAACUUGCAACUGAAAAAUGGUUCGGUAGGUGGAAAGUUAGGCAGAUGGAGCUGAGGAAAAGAAAAUUUGCAAUGCAUAUUGCUGCUCGACAUCAUAGGAAAACCAUGAUGCAGAAAGCUAUAUUGGGAUGGCAUUCUGAAGCUGGAGUAACGUGGCGAAAGGCAACUGAAAACAGAAUCCGAAUGGAAGCAGAAAAGCAUAUGCAAACCAUGUCGGCCGAAUAUGAGAGUCGCAUUGCACAGUUGUCCAAGAAACUCAACAAAACCCAAAUGCAGUUACAUUUGUCAAUAGAAAAGCAGCACAUACAGCAGGAAGACAUGAAGCGAAGUUUUUUGCGUGGUGUGUGCGCAUUGAAUAUGGAAACUAUGGGAAUAUUUCGUCAAGAUGAGAUGCAUUGUUCAGAAAGCGUACAAAAACAGUUGAACUAUCCAAUUACAAACAUGACUGUCGAAUGCAAUCAGUCUAGUAAACCUACUGUUCGGUUUAUUAGUGAUACUGCAGCAGUACCCGACAUUGCAUGCGAGACACUUGCAAAAGAAACUACAGAUUGUAUUUCUAGUAGAACUCGUGGAUUGGUCACUCGGCAUUAUAAUUGA